CAAUCACGAACAUAUGAUACAUAGCCGUCCGGCUACGGCCACAAAACGCCUAAGAAACUUCCAUCACUAAGACUUGACUGAGCUGCUGUCCAGGCUUGCUCAUUCGGGUUCAGGAUGUCGACUCGCGCAUCGUCAGUCCCUUUGAAUUACUCCGGCUCUCUGGAUGUCUAUGAAUCCCGUGACCUCACCCCCGUCAUUGGAAGGGAGUUUCCCAGCCUCCAAUUGAGCUCCCUUCUUGGGAAUGACAGGCAGAUCCGUGAUUUGGCUAUUCUAGUGUCUCAAAGAAGUGUUGUAUUCUUCAGGAACCAAGACUUGGAGUUGAAAGACCAAAAGACCCUGGCACAAAAGCUAGGGGAGCUCAGUGGCAAGCCAGAGAGAUCUCAACUUCAUCGGCACGCAGUAACGGACAGGAAAUCUCAAAAGGCGUACGAUGGGGAGAAAAGGGCGGAUGAAGAGCUUAUGGUUAUCUCCUCAGACAAUGCCAAAAGCGCCCACAAGGAGCACACUUCUGUCCUAAAACCGCUGGCUAGCACACUGUGGCAUUCAGAUAUCACGUUCGAACAUGUUCCUUCGGACUAUGCCAUCCUGAAAAUGGUAGUUCUGCCAGAAUCAGGGGGUGACACUAUCUGGGCGUCUGGUUAUGAAGCAUAUGACCGACUGUCUCCUGCCUGGAAAAGAUUCGCGGAGUCACUGACAGCUACCCAUCACAAUGCCAUGCUGAAACAAAAAGCCGCGGGAAGCGGCGUCGAUUUGAUUGACAAAGAUCGCGGUUCGCCUGAUAACAAAGGCGUUGACUUUGAGGCCUCACACCCCGUUGUGCGAACUAAUCCUGUUACUGGAUGGAAGAGCCUGAUGGCCGCUGGUCAUCAGGUAGACCAAGGACGCUUCGACGAUGUGACACGACGAGAAGAUGAAAUUCUGAAAGCAUAUUUUCUUCAGCUUGUCGUCGAGAACCAUGAUCUUCAAGUCCGCUUUAGGUGGAAUCAAAACGACAUAGCGAUUUGGGACAACCGUUCAUGCUUUCACACAGCUACCUUUGACUAUGAUGGUCCUCGAGCCGGCAAUCGGAUUGUCUCGAUCGGAGAGGCGCCAUAUCUUGAUCCCAAAUCUAGUUCUAGACGUGCAGCGCUUGCGAAACUAUAGAUGCUCAGGAUCACCAUGGAUUAAGUGGCAUAUCGAAUGCCGCUGAUCGGGAGAAAAGCGUCUAGCGAGUCGAGGAGAUGCAAAAGUAUCCAAUCAUUUGCAGAAGUCAAUAAAGCAGAACUCCUGCUGCAAGUUCGGAAAGACCUGAGGUCCUGAAGUCCAUAAUUGUACCAUCAAAUUCCUACAACCAUAGUCGGC